AUCAUGGGCGCACAGCCGCAUCAGGGGCUCCAUCCCACAGUCCAUUGGCCAGCUCGCUAAUCUCACCCUCCUGGGUCUGAGUUACACUGGGGUGUGGGGGACCCUUCCCAGUGCACUGGGCAACCUCGCCAACCUGGAAACGCUAUGGUUGCCAGGCAACAAUCUGAGUUGGACCAUCCCCAACUCCUUUUCACGACUCAGCCGUCUCUCCACACUGGAACUCAGCGGCAAUCGGCUGUCAGGGCCCAUUCCCUCGAUACUUGGGCGACUCACCAACCUGGACAAGAUGAAAUUGAGCGGCAACAGAUUGGCUGGCAUCAUCCCUACAUCCUUGGGCAGACUCACCCGUCUCACUUUCAUCCAGCUGUUGUUAAUGAGCGUCACACUUCUCCUCCCCCACCCCACGUCCCGCAGCGAUCUGAAAUCCAACCAGCUGGUGGGGAGCUUGCCGUCGCUGAAGCUGAUGAAGUCAGUGCGGCACAUCGAUGCCGGGUACAACUUCCUCACAGGCACUGCUGACGAAUCUCUUGCCAACAUCCACCGCCUCUGCACCGCGAGCAACCUGCGCCUCUACCUAGAGCACAACUGCCUCAGCAACACCUCCGUGCUGUGUGGCACGGGGCAGACGCAGAGGAGCAGCAGCGAGUGCGAGUCCCUCUGUGGGACCAGUCCCGAUGUCCCGUACUGCAGCGGCCAUGGCGUGUGCUACUGGGUGUUUGAGCAGACCGGUCUCCAGUGUGCGUGCUAUGAAGGGUUCACAGCAGGCACGGCGCCUGCCACAUGCAUCCCUCAACGCUCCACAUGA